AUGGAACAACUGCCAGAAGUUACGGUGAUACUCUUGGAUGUAUCCAAGAAUAUGUUAUCAUCAUCAAAUCAAUUAGAAACAAAAUUUGAUAAUUCAAGAUAUUUAAUCCAAUAUUAUUUACAAAAGUGCAAAUGGAAUACAUUAUCUGUUAUAUUGUUCGAUUCUAAAUGUCAUAUAUUACAAGAUUUUACCAAAAAUCAUGAUCAGUUAAUCAUGACGUUAAAUGAGCAGAAAAUUACAUUCGAAGAUCCCAACCGAGAAAUGAAGGCAGCGUGCGAAUUCGUUGAACAACAAGUUACAAGAACAUUUGGUUCGGAUCAAGCGUGUCAGGACGGGUUUCGAUCGAUACUAUUUCGUAAUCCAUUAUGGAAAUUACAUUUAAUCUGUUUAGCCGAUGCGAUAACAAAAAGUGAACAUUCACAAAAAACGUCACGAAUUCUUGAAGAAUAUAAGAGAUUGUUAAAUCGUCGAAUUCCUCAAAGAAUCACGAAAAAUCAUCAAAAAGGUGUUUCUACACUUGAAAAGGAUGGUGCUUUUUGUUACUUACCUUACCCACAUUUUAAAGAUUCGAUUCUAAGCAUGAUGGAUUCUAUCCUUGAGAAAUAUUUCUUGCCAAGUAGAGGAUUACUUAUGUGCGGACAAUUACGUCUUCCGAUUAAAGUAUAUCCUGUGCUUCCUGAUGUAGACUAUGUUCAUGAAAUGUCAAAAACAUUGUCCAUUGUAGCAUUUAAGUCAAAGGAAAAAUUACUUAUAGAACCUUCUAUUCUUCGACUUUGGAUAUUUAUAGAUGAAGAAUAUGGAGACAAAAAAGAAGAGGAUAAACCUUUACAAAAUCAUUCUGAAUUUUUUCCUGUAUUAGGGGAAUGUCUCAGAAAAGAAAAUCGUGUCGCGAUUGUUUGGAUGAAAGGUGAUAAUUACGCCACAAUCGAACCUCCUCCGAUUAAAGAUGAUCAAGAGCCAAAUGAUCUAGGUUCAUUUAUGUACUUCACGAUAUAUAAAUCUGAAAAAGGAAAUAAUUUGUUAUCAAAGUCGUCAUCGUCAUCUUCAAUAACGCCACCACCGAAAAGCUAUGUUUCCGGGUAUAUAGAUCUACCAACGCCAGAACAUGUUGAGAGUUUGCUAAAUAAGAUGUCACGUUAUCUUAUAAAUUUACCUGAUGAUGCUCUGAAAUUAAAGAAUGUUGUUCAACAAAUGCAGCAGAUUAUAGAGAUCUUUAGUUACAGGCCACUAAAAGAGCAAGUUAUUGAUAGGUUACAUGAUGUCAGGAUUCAAACUGUGGAGGCGGAUAUUAGACAAAUACUUGCCGAGUGUUUAUUAAUGUUAGGCGAAGAUAUAGUGGAGUUUGUACUCGUAGCAAUAUUUAAUACAAUUCAAAAUUUUCUUACGAUUUCUUUAACGAAGAGAGUUUAUUCUGCAAGACCAGCUCAAGUCACGAAAUUAGCAUCAAGAACAUUUGCAACGUGGACGUUCUUAUCAGCUAUUGUACGAUUAUAUGCAGCAUACAAUAUAACUGAUGUAAAAACUGCAACAAUCAGUACAGGAUGGCUAAUCCCAGUUAUAAUUGCAAGUUCGUCUUUAAUUUGGAUGUUACUUCAAUAUGAAUAUUAUGUUCUUUUACAUUAG